CGGUACGCCGCGCCCGACGGCCCGUAUUGCGCGUUUUCCGCGAGCCCGCCCGAACGUCGACGGAAUCCGCGUGACGACGAUAAUAAAAAUAUAAAUAUUAUUGUUGUCGAAUAAUCGCGCGUAUUUUGUUCGCUCAACAAUCGCACGUCUAAAACACGUCCACACUCGGCGGUUUGUCGCGUAAUUUCGUCGUUACGAUCGCCACCGAUUUCGAUCGUAUUUCCCCCCUUCCCGGGUACACACAAUAAUAAUAAUCGUUAUAAUUACGAUAUUUUUUUAUCGUCGCGUAUCGUAAUAUUAUCGCAUCCGAUCAACGCAUAUUAUAGUGAUUUGAGACGGAAGUCCGCGCGUUCGCCGAUUCGGUUGCGGAGAGAUGAGCCCGCGGACGAUCUGCAACGCCGCCGUCGUCGUUUCGGCCGGACACCGCGACUACACGUGCACCGCGCCCGCCAAACACGUUGCACCGGCACUGCAUUUGCGGCUGCAGCAGGUACGUGCGGAAAUCGCCUAAGUCCCGGAAGCGUUGCCGAAAUCGCCAUAUUUUAAUAGUCCGGAGAGAAAUACUUCGGUUUGUACGUCGCUGUGGUCUUUCACCACUGUCCGCCCGAAUGUCUUCCAUGCGAUGGCUGCACACGCAAAUGUCCGAUCCGCAGUGGACUCGACAUUGUAACGGCAAGAUUACUACGAUACCGACUUACCACCGUAACCGCGGUCUGCGUGGCGUCAGUCCUUCGACCGUCGGCGGACCCGUGAGCGCGGCGCCUGCCAUGGAGUCCGACGACCACCUUUGCCGACAACGACAGCGCCGCCGCGGCCGGUGUCGCGGGCCAGCGCUGGCCGCGGUCCUGGCGCUGUGGGCCGCGGUGGCCUGCGUCGCGGUGCCCGCGGUCUCGCCGUCACCGGCCACCGGCGACAUGAGCCUGUUGACCAUGCAACGCAUCAAGUCUUACGUGGACGACACGUGCACGUUGGACCCGCACUGCCAGUGGCUGUGGGACCCGCUGCCGAACGGGCUGCGGAACGUGUCCGUGGAAGAGGCGGCCGCCGAGUUGCCGGCAGACUACAUGUACCCGCCCGGCGACGAUCCCGAAAACCCGGGACAACGAGGGAAUUUCUUGUUCAUUUACGGUCAUAAGGACACUUCACAUAUCUACAUACGGAGCCCGUACUACACCGUUGGGGUGUUCGACAACAACGGGUGUUCACUGUCAUUUCAAAUGCACACCAACGUCAGUGUGCCCAGUCAAGUGUCAAUAAUGCUAAAGACUGAGAAUUAUACAUCAUUAAUUCAGGAUAAUGUCGAAAACAACUCUCCCGUAAAUUGGGAGAAAAAGAAGGUAUUGUUGGGUCGACAGACAAAGCAAGUUAUUAUUGAAAUAAAUAUCAAGCUUGGAUCACAUGUUGCCAUUGAUGAUAUUAGACUAGAAGAUUGCUUACCAGAAUACUUUACCGGCAUCACUGAUAACGGUUGUCCAACAGACUCGCAUUUUUUGUGUUCCGAUAACAUGACAUGUAUACCGUAUCAUCAUGUAUGUGACAUCAGUCCAGACUGUCCCGACGAAACAGAUGAAACCGAAAACUGUUUUCUCGUGCCCACCGAAGCCCGGUGCACGUUCGAGUCUGGAUUCUGCGGAUGGCGGAAUACGUCGGGCGAGAUGUCUUUGACGUGGAAACUGUACAAAGGCGACCGAUACAAAUUCACCGGUCCGAAAUGGGAUAACACUUUCCGUAACCGAUCCGGUACCUACGCUUACGUAGACAUGUCGGAAUCCUCGUAUCUCGGAGCGACAGCGCGCAUGGACAGUAUACAUUUCCAUCCGCCACCGACGUAUUGUUCCGACACCGAAUCGAAAUAUUACAAUUCUUGUUAUAUAUCAUUUUUUUACCACAAACAUAGUUCACAUAGUGGCACUUUGGGACUUUAUUUGGUCGAAGCCCAUGGCGAGGUAGACCGUGUGAGAAGAUUAUGGUGGAGUUUUGGGACUUAUGGGAAUACGUGGCUUCGAACCGUUGUUUAUUUAGUAAACAUCACAACCAGCUAUUAUUUACAGUUUGAAGCUCGGAAACUACUGUCAGUAAAAGGAGAUGUGGCUAUUGAUGAUAUAGCUAUGAGUCCAAAAUGCUUUGGUUUAGAUGUACCAGAAGACGUACUCAAGGGAUACAAAUAUGAAGCGGCUGGAACAAUAAAUAAUACGGCAACACUUAUGAAGAUUCCCAUUAAUCCGGAUUUCCGAAACAAAAUCGUUUAUAAAUUUACGACUUGUGGAUCAAAGGGUAGACUGGGCCCUAGUAAUCGAUCUUGCGAAGCUGCAUACACAAAUACCACUGUGUCUGUGAUUGUGGUUAAUGACACAUACAUGGAUGGAGUACAAAUUUGGCAUAUUCCUGAGACGGGAGUGUAUACUAUCAUAGCGAGAGGAGCUCGUGGUGGCAAGGGGGCCGACGGAAUGGGCAUUUCGAAAGGAGCCACUGCCAUCGCUGUGGUCGAGCUGUCCAAACACCAACAGUUGCACAUAUUGGUCGGUCAAGAAGGUGGAGACGCGUGUCGAAAAACGUUUGAAAAACGCGACGACGCAUGCCAACAAGAACAAUACUUCAGGACGGGCAGCGCUCUCAAAGAACUGCACGACUUGCGCCUGCUCAACGGCGGCGGAGGCGGCGGCGGCGGAUCUUUUGUUUUUACAGGCUCACGUGAAGAAGGAUUCUUACCGUUGGUGAUUGGUGCUGGUGGAGGUGGUUUGGCACACGGACCAUUCAAGGACGACAGGAGUCAACACGGUAAUGGUACCAACAUGAGAUUACCAGCCAUCACUGCACCGUCUUUUGGUGAAAAUCCCGCAGGUGCCGGCGGCGGUUGGGCUCCGGGAAACUAUACGGAAGAUAAAAAGUCCACGGGCUCGGCGUUGUUGGGCACUGGCGGUUUCGGAAGCGACGGCGGUGGCGUUGGCGGCCUGGCGUGCUACAAGAGCCGAGGCAACACCAAAGGAUUCGGCGGGUUCGGCGGCGGCGGCGGCGGAUGCGUCGCCGGCGGUGGAGGUGGCGGUUUCACCGGUGGCCGCGCUUGGAGCAACAGUCAGACGAACGGCGAGGGCGGCUGGUCGUAUCUGCCGGACAACCAGCACGUGUUAUACAGGGCCGUGUACCCGGGCAGCAACUACAAGUCCGGAAGCGUGUACAUCAUACCCGCCAUCGUGGGCUGUGGGUGCGCGUACCUGUGCGCCGCCACCAAUCAGCUGCGCAGCUCAGUCGUCUGCAUUUGCCCGGCCGACUUCAAACUUGGGCCCGACGGAAAAGCGUGCAUAUAUCAAUCAACAGAAACGACAAAAAUUAUAUUUUUGAUCACUGGAAGUGUAUUCACAGUCGUAAUCAUUUGUUUGAUCUUAGGCAUUUGGAUGUAUAGGAGUUAUCGAAGACGAAAAGAACGCAAAGAAAAUGUCAACAUAUUACACAACGGCAUUUUAAAUUACGAUCUGACAUCUAGAAACAGAAAUGGAAAUGUAGACAUAAAUCCUACUUAUGAUUUCAAUGGAAGAACUUUGACGACAAACGAUCUUCCGAGAAUAUUAAGAGACGAACUGAGAAUACAAAAAUCUAUUGGCGAAGGAGCUUUUGGUGUGGUGUACCGAGGGUAUUAUAAAAAAACGGGCGAAACGAACGAAAUGCGUGUUGCGAUAAAGGUUAGUAAUACUCUCCAGCCAAAAAAAGACAUGGCCAAUGUGGAGGUGAAAUUUGACGACGACAACACUCCUAAUCCCGAAGUCGAAAGAGAGAAAAGACAGAGGAUCAAAAAGGCUGAACAAUCUUGCAUGCGUGACUUCUUGACAGAAGCCAUCAUAAUGAGCCAGUUUAAUCAUCCAAACAUCGUGAAAUUCAUCGGAAUCACUUUCGAAAAGAACUAUAGGUUCAUUGUGACUGAACUUUUGAGUGGCGGAGACAUGAAAGAAUUUUUACGCAAGAAUCGUCCUUCAGUUCAACAAAAUCACAAAAUCAUUCCUAUAAAAUUAAAAGAUUUAUUGAAAAUGGCAUUGGACAUUGCCAAAGGAUGCGUAUACUUGGAAAAUCUUCAUUUUAUUCACAGAGAUAUUGCUGCCAGAAAUUGUUUACUUUCUACGACGGGACGUAACAGAGUAACGAAAAUUGCCGAUUUCGGAAUGUCUAGGGAUGUAUAUAGAAACGAGUACUACAGAAAAGAAGGUCAUGCUAUGUUGCCUAUUAAAUGGAUGCCAACAGAGUCGUUGAUAGACGGCGUUUUUAAUUCACAAUCUGAUGUCUGGUCUUAUGGAAUUACAUUUUGGGAAAUCAUGACAUUUGGAUCUAUGCCAUACACGGGCAUGACAAAUAAAGAGACAAUGAAUUACGUUAUGAGAGGUGGGCGUUUAUCUAGACCGGCAAUUUGCCCAGAACCAGUAUAUAAUCUUAUGGGCAGCUGCUGGAAAACCAACGGUCCAGACAGGCCUUCAUUUGAGUAUAUACGCAAUAAACUUCGUCUCUUUCUACAAGAUCCACUUAUAAUCGAUUACAAACCGCCGGUGAUCGGCAGGCCCGCGGCCCCGCUGCCGUACCGGGCGACGCACCCGCUGGACGAGAACGCGCCACCGGACGGCGUGCUCCGCGCACACGACUGUGUCGCCGGCAGUGGCGGCUUCCACCAUAUGCAGCACCACGAACACCAGGAAGAACCACAGUACGUCACGCCACUGCCGGCCGACGACUUUUUCGAUGGCGUGGACGCGGAGCUGAUGAGGGACGCGGAGCGGUUCGGCCAGUUCCGCGGCAGCAACGAGAUGGCGCCGCUGGACGACAUGCGCAACUACUGUAGCGACGACGACGACGACGACGAUGACGACGACGACAGCGUCGACGACGAAGAGGACGAGGACGAGGACGGGAACACGGUGAACAUGGCGGACGUCGACGACGAGGCGGACGACGAUGAGGACGACGACGACGACGAGCAGAACGUCGAAGAGGAGGAAGACGACGACGCGAACGGCCCGGAGAUCGUGCUGGACGCGGACAACAAUCGGUUCGACGAGGACGACGACGACGCGUACGGAGACAACAACGCUUGCAGCAACGGCCCGGUGUCGUCGUAUCACUGGAAUAGGUUCAAAGAGACGAGUUUCAUCAGCAUGAAGGAACCCAACACCAAACAGACGGGUGCAGAUGGCCAGAUACAUUCGUCUAAGAGAAGAAAGUCGUUCUCCGAACUCGAAGACAAUAACAGGCCAAACCCUUAUUCGUUGACGGGCCGCGUCCGAUACAACGUAGCCAGUGACGGGAAAAUAAGAUGCUGACAUCCGGACUCAAGGACUUCGGUUAUCGAGUCCUUGGAAAUGUUAUAAUACCCUUGUACACUGCGUGUAUAGUGUUAAUACUCUGUUUUGAUGUGCGACUGUUGUAAAUAUUUUUUUUUUCAUUUUUCACUCACGUCAUCUAUCUAUAGUAUAAAUGUUUUGUAUUAACAGCAGUUUACUAUUAAUUAUAACGUAAUACACGUCUAACCCUGAGUAUAAUAUAAAUAAUUAUAACCAAAAAUUAACUGACUAAUAAAUGUCCAAUAAGCCAUGUGUAUAAAUAUCACGAUUUAGAAUAUCUGUAGCCGUAUACAGUAAAAAAAUCACACACACGCGUCUACGAUAAUAUUGGCCAUUUUUUGGGGUAUAAUUAUAUUUUGGUGUCAACGUUAAAUCGUAUCAAUUAUUCAGCAUGCUUAAACAUUGUUCAACAAUUUUAAAACGACAUAUUAUGAAGUGUAUAUUUUAAAAAACAAUUUAUUUAAUAUCGUUAAUUACAUUUAAAUAUAUAGUAUUAAUAA